AUGGAGGAUAUAGAUUUGACGAGUAAGGACGAUGAGUUUGACCCAGACUUGCAGGAGCUGUGGUCGUUCAACUACACGGGCGGGUUGCACCCCACUGGGUUGUGGCCUGGUGCGUUGCUGAACGGGGAGUUGUUCCCCCGGAUGUCCCCCCUGGUUGGGAAUCCAUUCGACUUGUUCCCACCAGGCGCGAUUCCGAACGUCACGGGGGUCUACAGUUGGCCAGUCCCCACCGAGAGACAGUUUGCCCAAUGUAACGACGUGAAGGGUGUAUCGCUUUGGGAUAAGAACGGCUGGUGGAGGUGUUUGUUCCCGCAGAGCGUCGUUAGUGGAAGACUGCACGGGAGACCUGUUCCAAAGGGGACGCUCACCAAGGAGAUGUGGGACCGCAACGGCGGGAAACUCGACGGGUUCUUCAACGACUACACUACGUACAUGCUUUGGAGAGUGGAACAGAGGAAGAAACUGAGUGGGGCUGCCGUUGGGCCCACGAAGGGGCCCUACCAGGGGGGGGGAGAUCAAUAG